UCCUAUCUGCAAACAACACACUUCUUCCCGUCCCUGUUUGGAUUUGCGUCCCUGCAAGCUGACGGGAUUGACGGACGACUGGGCGUGCUUGCCAUGACGUGCCUGAACGAGCUGCUUUCGCGCCAGUGCUUCCCCGCCGAUGUGCAGCACUUCUUUCUUGCGCUGUUCACCCACGCAUGCGACCAGCUCACGCUGGUGUGCGAGACUGCGGAUGCGGAGGGCCUGGCCGAUAUGGACUCUGCCUACCUGCGUCAGUGCACCGAGUUUUUGCGCCUGCUCGUCAUCCACCACUCGGCUCGCUUUGUGGAGAUGGACUACCCCAUCGAUGGCUUGCUCGCUCUCUUGCACCGGUUUUCGUUUGCUCUCCCUUAUGGCACCGAGCUCAAGGAGUGUCUCAACGUUUGGGCUGCCUUUUGCGACUUUUUGAAGGUGCAGAUGAGCAACCGCUCUGCAAACGGUCUCCGCGUCAAUGCCCUCCGUUUCCAGCCCAUCCUGAUGGAGGUGCUCCGGCUGAUUCUUCACAAGACCUCGUUCACGACGAACGCGGUCGAGUUGCGAGCCAUUCUCGAAGAGUCGGACGAGGCGGACUUUUCCAACACGAACGAGGACGAGGUGCCACUGUGGGAAGACUGUCUUCGCGCCAGCAUCGAGCUUCUCGCGCGCAUUGCCGAUUUCUUCCCCAACGAAGUUCUCGAGAUUGUGUUCCCAACCAUUUUGCAAUGCUUUGGCGCGUUUUCCAGCACACAAGAGAUGGUGGUCCAAUCUGUCGAAGGACCGCGGCUGGAUCAACAGAGCGCUCGAUUCCUUGAAGUGCUGCCGCUGCUCCAAGACCUUCCUUUCUUGCUCCGACUGUUUGGCAGCUUGAGCGAAUUGUUCCACUCGCACAACGCCGACUCGGAACGCAUCUUUGUCGAGCGAUUCGGCAUGGCAGGCGAAUUUUUGCAGAAUGUGCUGCAAUUGACGGCCAUCGGAGCAACCUUGGGUGUCUACACGCAACAUCCUGUGUUGAUUGACAUUCAGGCCAACUUGUUUGCGGCCAUCCGUGCGUUUGCCGACUGGCUGGCGACCUACAACGUUGUUGUCAUCAAGUCGAACGACAGCAACCAGCUGGCCGAGUUUGAGGCGCUCAUUGGCAACACAACCAAUGUACUAUCGCAGUGCUUGGCGCCAAACCUGCCCACCAUGGUCAUUCGCAACUCGGCCCAGCUCUUCCUGUCGCUCGCGCGCACUGUCCGAACCCGCGCUCUUCUUGACGCGCCCUUCACACUCGGCUUGCUGCAGGCGCCCGAGGAGGCAACCGCCUUCAUUCUGAGUCUUCCGGAUGUCAUGGCCCGCACCAGCUUUGUUUCAGCUCUCGUCUGCACCUUGCUCGUCACCUUCCAGGAGGUGCCGGAGCAAUUCCAGAUGUGGUCUGAGCGCUACGCCCGGUAUUCUUCGCUCAUCCAAGAGGUCUACAAGCCCCUGAUGAAUGCCGUGCCGUACCUCACCAGCGGAGGCGACCCUCCCCUCGAAGCCGUCACGACAGUGCUGGAUUCGCUCGCGAUGGUUGGCGGCAUUUUCAACGAGUUCAACUCGAGUGUCAGCAACGCCACUCGCAAGGUGCUCUUGACGCACAUUGAGCCCCUCUUGCCUUACGUGCUUCAGCUGCUGCAAGCAUGCUCGGACUCACCCAAGAUUGUUGCGGCGGCCGUGCAGUUUUUAGAGCAGUACUAUGGCUGCGCUCGUGCCCAAGUGAGCCAAGAGCUGGUGGAGCAAACCGUGCUCCUCGGUGGUGCGCUGUUUACCUGCGAGCGCCUGCUCCCUGUCUUGCAGAGCAACAAUGCAAGCGAGCACGAGACCGCCGAGCGGUACAUUCGCAUUCUCAAGUUUAUUGUUGAAAGCUCGUCCCGCAUUUCGCGCGCCGCCUUGCCGCUCAUUCUGUCCAUCUGCAUGCAAAACCUGUUCCCCGCGCUCAGUGAAGCCCCGAUCAUUGACGUGCACACGUCCUUCUUUGAACUCUUGGAAGCGGCUGUGGUGUGGCACCAGGGCUUGUUGGCGUCCACGGACUUUCCCGUCAUUUUCGACAUGUUUGUCUGGUCGCUCUCCCGCCCCGACAUUGACUUGGUCCGACGCAACUUGGCUUUGCUUGAAAACAUGAAUCUCAAGACUUCCCUCUACUCUACGCCCGCCUUUGGACCCCUGCGCUUCAUUGUCAUUGACGCGCUUCUGCGCACUCUGACGGAGCGUUCCUUGUCUGUGCUGGCUGAUGAGAUUGUCGCGGCCAUUUUCGAAAUGACGCGACAGCACUUUACGGGGUUUUACGAGGAAUUUCUUCCCAUGUUCGUGUCACAAUGCGACGGCCUUACAGACGAGCAGCAGUCCGACCUGGUUGCCACUGCCGGUCGUGAGCAGGAUGCACUCUCGUUCAGUCGAAAUCUCUUGAGCUUUGUCCAAGAACUCAACUUUUGCCGUCGCACCAACGCGGCCGCUGCCUUGUCCCAGUGAUGUUGAUGGCUUUCGAUGGUUGGUUUUCUCGUCGCUGACAAGGUGUUCGACCCAUUCGAAAGAUUUUCGUCCUCAUCCAAGAAACCUUACAAGGCCAAUUCCUGCCAUCCACAAGAAAUGAUCAUUGUGAGUCCAGAUCGGCAGGUCGCACUCCUUCCGCUUCCUUUCCCGCUCCCUUUGUCGAAGACGCUCCGUAUUGCCUGUUUCCUAGUGGCACGGAUUUCGUUUUGGCGUUCAAGCGAAGGGAAGAAUACGUCGAUCGAAGCAAACUCGUUUUGUUGCAGGGAGUUUCCUUGACUCUGAUCAACCCUUCCCUCGGUUCUUUGAUCAACAUGCUGUUGUCCGGCCUCUGCUUUUGUUCCUCUUCUCUAUUCUUCCGACUUUUCGAUCGCUGCUCAUUUUCUUUUGUAUCUAUCGUGCUCUAGAUUUCGUUUUACUGCCCUGUUUCCGCUGUCACCCCAGCCUUUUCCCCCCCCCCUCCAUUUGUAUAAAGCACUUAUUCUCGACCAAAC